AUGUCGAUACCAGUCUCCGUCUGCUUUACUGUUUUGACUUUAUCCAAUAAAGAAUUGGAAUUUGACAAACUCGAAAAACAACAAGUUUUGGUUAAAUGGUUAGCUGCACCUAUAAAUCCUGCUGAUAUUAAUCAAGUACAAGGAGUUUAUCCAAUUAAGCCAAAUCUUCCUGCAGUUGGAGGAAAUGAAGGAUGCGCUCAAGUUAUCAGGGUGGGAAGCGACGUCGCUGAAUUUAAAGAAAAUGACCUUAUAGUCCCAGCAAUUUCUGGUAUUGGAACUUGGUGUUCUCACGGAAUUUAUGAUUCUAAAGAACUUUUUUUGGUUGAGGGAGAUGUUAAAGAUUUUAUAUUUUUGUCAAUGUUACAGGUAAAUCCUUCAACUGCUUAUAGAAUGCUUAAAGAUUUUGUGAAUUUAUCUUAUGGCGAUAUAGUUGUUCAAAAUGGGGCGAAUUCUUCUGUUGGGCAUUUUGUAAUUCAGAUUUGUCGUAUAUUGGGAGUAAACACUAUAAAUGUUGUUAGAGACCGGCCACAAAUUGAAAUAUUAAAAAAUCAACUGAAAAAAUCUGGAGCAGAUGAAGUGUACACAGAAGAAGAGUUUUCAACUUUAAUUCGUUCCAAAAAACUCAGAGCAAAAUUGGCUUUAAAUUGUGUUGGAGGAAAGAGUGGAAUGAUUUUGAGCCGUGCUCUCGAGCUUGGAGGUACUAUGGUGACGUAUGGAGGAAUGUCUCAAAAUCCAGUGAAUGUUACAACCUCUUCCUUAAUUUUUUCAAAUAUAAAGUCUGUUGGGUUUUGGAUGUCUAGAUGGUAUGGAAUGAGGCAAAAUAUUGAGGAAAGGAAGAAUAUGUAUAAAGAAUUAAUUGGUUGGUAUAAAAAUGGAGAAUUGACACUUCCAAAAUAUCAAAGGAAAAAUUUGGAGGAAUAUAAGGAUGCAAUAAAUCAAUCAACUCAAUCAGACUCGUCGUCGAUUAAGUCAAAACAAAUUUUUACAAAGAAAGGGAAUGACCAUUAUUUUGAUUAAUUUUGAGGUUCUUUUCUGAAAAUUAUAUUUUUUGAGAAUUAUGUUACUAAAACGGGCGUACAAAAGUAAUACAUUUUGACAAGCAAGCCCCACCGGUCCCAUUAGGUUGGCGCACUGAUGGGUGCUUUGUUAGAUUAUUUUCAAUGCUUAUGUUCUUAACGCAAGUUUCUCCAUUUCCAACCCAAACAUAACCCAAUUAUUAUUGAAGGAAAUAUGCACAACAUUUUUCUCCUUAAUUAAUUGUGACAGGCUAUUGGGAAAAUAAAUGUUGAGUUUUAUAACUUUACAAUCUUCUUGA